CCUACACUUGCCGAAGAAUAUUUUUUCUAAUAAUGCCCUUUUAAUGGGCAAAUCGUUUAAAUUACGAUUUAAAUGACAAACGCGAAUGUUUUUUUUUAUGUUUCUGAAGAGUGCUUUAUAUGAACCCUGAUUGUGAAUGAAGAACAAACAGACUGUUUAAAAGAUCUUUGAUCAAAUGUUUCUGAAGUAGACAACUACGUUAUGCAUAACAGGAUGGCUCAGCCUAAAGUUUCUGAUUCUGAAAUGCAGUACUAUCAGUUCAAAGCUAGGCAAAUGUUUUUAUUACAGAAAGAAGAUUAUGAGUGGCAGCAAUUCUGCUCACGAAAAAUUUCAAAAUGCUCAACCUGUAAAUCAGAAUGCAGUAGUUCCUCAAAAGAUGUUGGAAGUCAAACUGUGAUGAGAACCUCAUUUAUUGUAGGGAAAAAACCUCCCUCAGAAUCUAAACUCCCACCUGCUCAGUCACAUGUAGACUUAAAUUUUAUUAAGUCAAAGUUGGACCGCAUUGAUGAGAUGUUAUCGGAACUGAAAUUUUCAGAAAAUGAUGAACAGCUUGAAAAGACAAGAUUAAUAGCUUCUAGUAGCAAUUUAAUAGAUUCUAAAGUGUCAGCCAUGGAGAGUCUUGAUGGUUAA